AUGCCUAGAGGAAGAGGAAAACAAAGCCACGCCAGCACAUACGGUCGAUCCCUGGAGUCUAACGGACGCAGCAAGGCACCACAAGCUGCUGCGCAUCGCCGGGGUGGUACACAUAAAGUGCGCGAUUCAGACAGGACGAAUUCUAUAUAUGAUGCCUACAACUACAAAGAGCUGCUCGAUGCAGCGAAAGAGCGCGGUGUAUACCGCAAGGACAUGAAGAAGGCAGAAAUGGCGUGGGCGUUGAAGCGAAACGAUGGAGACAAGAAACGCGCUGAACGCGAAAACCUAAAUGCACUCCGCAAGAAGCAAAAGGAAGCGAAGAGGGCACAGGAACGUAUCGUUGCAGAACAGAAGGCGUUCAUCAAAGCUAAACUCCAAAGGAAGGUCGAGAAGAUGCGGAAAAAAGAGCGAGCUGAAAGUGUCAGUGACGAUACCCAGAGUGAAAAUGAGAUAGAAGCCCAGCAAAACCUUCCAGAUGAGUAUAUGGGCGAGGCUAUAGGAUACGCACUCAGCGUCUCGUCCUGGGAUAGCACUUCGACGGAAUCAGUUCCCGACCCCACCAAUCACCACCUCAUACCAUCCUGUAAACUACAACUCUUGGAAUGGCCACACGAAAUCAUGCCACCUGUCAUCCCGUCUCGUUAUCUCUGUCACGUCCCCGCUCUCCGACCUACAAGAAAACUCUAUACCCCACUCAAGAUCAUCACAAUAACAAGCAAGCAGAAACUCUGCCUCCCAGGGCUCAAAUACCCUCCAACCGUAGACCCGGACUUUGUCCCCCUUCUCCCUGACUCUGUGCGCGCCGCAGCCCACGACGGGCGUUUAGAAGGCAUACUGCGCAACGCUAUUAUUGAAACAGGUGAAGAGUGGGCUUCUCGGACCCUUGUGCAAGGAGAUAAUGCUACCCUGUAUUUUCAUCUUGGCAACGCUAGUAACCCAGCAAAAAGCCUUGCUGAUGUAUACGGCAAAUGGAGUAUGGAAGAGAGAAGAGCGAGACGCGUAGAUAGGACGUGUGAAGCGUAUCGUGGGGCGAAGGAGGAGAGGAAGAAGAAGAGAAAGAGGAUCAAGGGGAGGUUGGUGGCUGAAGUGUAUGACACCUGCAAGUGGAGGCCACGGGCUGUGGGUUACGUACCUGCGUAUCUGGACUUUGGGCUUAGGGAAAUACGUGAGGAUGAGAAAAAGCUGAGAAACUUGCGGUAUGUGAGGUUCAAUAGUUGCGAUGUGCCGCAUUAUUGUUUUUGGGUACGACAUACGAAAGAAGGCGAUGAGAAAGAAGCAGACGAGAAGGAAGUAGACUGGAAGGAAGUAGAUGAUGGUGUGGAGAGUGUGUGUUCUGAUGAAGAGGAGGAAAUAAGUUACCCUCGAUGCUUUAUUGCAACAAGGACAGUUGGUAACGAGCACAAUUCCGGAGUCUAUUUUGCAAGGAAACAACCAUGCACGCCUUGCAUCCAUCCUGACGGCCAUCUGGCUGAUGAAAGCGAGUCUUCCGGAGAUUGCGAAACUGAGAUCUCACUGGAUGAGGCUGACACUGAAUUGAAGGGUGGAGCAUUGUGUCGCAGGGCCAGUACUGCUGCACUCAUUCUUAACCCGCAAGUGGAAAACCGCCAGUCAAUCAUGAAAUGGCUAGAGCAAAUUAGCCCCAGUUUCAACGAGCCGCCGCUGCCACUAAAUCCACCGGAGCCUUUUGUUACCAUCACGCCGCGUGCUGAUGGGAUAGAGGAUCAGAAAGAAGCCCUUGCACGCGUACCAAGCGCGAGAUAG